GUGGCGAGACGUGCUCGUUCGUACAAAUCUCUCGGAAUAAACGCUGGUCAAGUGUGUGACACAGCAUAGUUGUGGGUGUGUGUGUGUGCUUUUUGCGCGUGAAAGUUCGCGGUAUUCGCGGUUGAUCUCUGCGCGGUUUGUGUCCUGUCUAGCAGCAAGACUAAGAAGAAGAUUAGUGUUUGGUGUUGUUGUGGUCCAGUCUCAAGAACGGGGGGAAGCGACAAAAUCCGGCAGGACCACAGACCGGACCGGGGACUCGUUCCGGAUGCUGCUCCCGCUAGUGUUGGGCGUUGUGGUUGUGUCCCGGUGAACUUGACUUAAGGUGAAGAACCCGACCGCAAUAAAACGGUUUUGUGGGUCAUCGAUGAGAAAAAAGACCAUCGCUGGGAAAUUGUCAACAAAAGAGUUGAAUCAACUCUCGGCCUGAGUUUCGAGUGAAUUACAAAUCGUGCUCGCCUACUAGGACGCCCUCCCGGAAGAGUUGGAGACGCUCGGAAUCACGCGUGCGACGUUUGACCAAACAUAACCUCACACUCUCUGUCGGUGGAACCUACGCCAACGUUGGAGCACGGGUUAGCAAGUGACUCAUAAUCGAUUGUGUCAACAGCCGUCAGUUUCUUCGGUGAAGAACUAGUUGGUAUUCCGCGCGCGCGCCCAGAUCUUCAGCCGAUUGAUCGCCAAAGUGACUAAUCGAACCUAACCUCAAAGUGACCAAGUGAUUCAGGGGAAAACGGGAAUCGGUUUCGCGUAAGUUCCCACGUCAAAAAAAACGGCCUCCAAAAUUGCGCCCAAAACGUCGUUCCGGAUGCAUUUGCCCAGCAGCGGUGGAACGGCGACGUCUGGGUCCGGCGGCGGUGAAGCCGAGUGGGACAUUUACGGCAGCAAGGACGGAGGGGGUGGUGGUGGUGGUGGCGGAAGUGCGGGAUCCGCCGGAGUAGUGGACGAAGAUAUGCUGGAUGGGUCGACGGGAGGGGGAGGUGGCGGGACGGGAGGGACGGGACUGACCAGUGGAGGAGGAACCGGGAGCAAUGUGACGGAGAACAGCUCGCCGAGUCCCGGCGGGUCCGGGGAUCUGUGGUGGAUCGAGCGGAUGGUGAUGGAGGCGCAGCAGGAGUACCCGGGCGAGUUGGUCCGCACCGGUAGCCCGUACUUCCUCUGCUCGGCCCUGCCCAACCACUGGCGCUCGAACAAGACGCUGCCGGCGGCCUUCAAGGUGGUGUGCCUGGGUGACGUUUGCGACGGCACGAUGGUCACCAUCAAGGCCGGCAACGACGAGAACUUUUGCUCCGAGCUGCGGAACUGCACGGCCGUGAUGCGCAACCAGGUGGCCAAGUUUAACGAUCUGCGGUUCGUCGGCCGGAGUGGACGAGGCAAAAGCUUCACCCUGACGAUCACCGUGUCCACCACGCCGCCCCAGGUGACCACCUACACGAAGGCCAUCAAGGUGACCGUGGACGGACCCCGGGAACCUCGCUCCAAAACCAACACCCCCCAGCUGCGACCACCCCCGCUGCACCGAUUCCUCGAGCAACCCGCCUUCAGCCACUUCCCGGCCCGGUUCAACUCUACCGGCUCCAGCGCCGGGAUCGGCGGCGCCAGUGGCAAGGGGUCAUCCAUCAACAACUACAGCGGCGGCGCAGGAGCCAACAGUACAAAUCAUCACCACCACCAUCAUCACAACAACGGCAGCAGCAACAACAACAGUGGCAGCUCCAGUUUGAACACCAGCGUGGACUCGUCCAGCGAUUACAAGCCAAAUCUGACCCUGCCCGAUUACAGCAACGCCGCCGACUGGCCAAACGGACUCAACGCGUCCUCGGCGACGACGGCGGCGACCACCUACGCGAAUCCGUACAGCCCGAUGCAAACGACACCGCCGUCCUACGGCGGCUACGAACCCUGCCCGAUGGUGGAACAUUCCGGCUACAAUCUGCCGACAGUCCUCCCCGACGCCGCCACCACCUACCAGGACUACUACAACCUCCCCACUCCAGCCUCCCACCAAUCCGCCAUGUCCGCCGCCCACCACCACGGCUACUCCGCCUCGUCCGCCUCCUCCAAAUCCCUCGUGACCGGCGACCCCCUCGACGGCUCCUCGUACGGUUCCCCGUACAGCCAGUGGGCCGCCAACGGGUACGGCAGCUACCAGUACAACACCGCCCCUCCUCUCCCUCCCCCUCCGCCCCCCCAGUCCCAGUACCCCUCGGCCGUCGCCGCCGUUCCCCCGCCAAUGGUGCUCUGCCCGCAGAUGUUCAGUACCGUCAACCAGAACCAGAUCCACGUCCAUCUCCACCCGGCGGCCACGCCCGGCAGCGACAAGCUCGAGCAGUACUUUGGCGAAAAUGGUGGCUUCAUGAUGCGGCCCGCGGUCACGGCGGCGGCGGCAGUGGCGGCCGCGUCCGAAAUUGGUGGCAUCGGCGGAACGCACGAUCCGACGAUGGGGCAGCAGCAGGAUGUCGUUGGAAGUGAUCAUCAUCAGCAGCAGGAUGGAGGGGCGAGGGCGGAGGAAACGGUCGCCGGCGAUCCGAGCAGCGUUUGGCGGCCCUACUGAUGUUACGAGUUUUAGGGGGGGAGGUUUGAGUUUCGUUAGACUGAUUUCAUUAUUAUUAUUUUAUGUGUUGAGAAAAGAACCAAUCGCUAAAAUUGAUUUUGAACUUUGUAGAAGCUUUUCUAUCUCUCUGUCUGUAAGCAAAGUAUACUCGAUAAACUCCAAAUAGAAAAUAGUAGCUAAUUUAGAUUAAUUUAUAAUGAAAUUAAGAAUCACGCAUCUUAUCGUAAGUUGAAUUUAUUAAUUAAUAUAUUAAAUUAAACAAUUCGUCAGCGACGAAUUGAGAAAUGUUUUAAACUAAGUUUUCGAAUCAAAUAAAAAAAAAAGUGGCAAACGCAUCAAAUUGUCUUCGUUACAAAAAAAAUCGUGAAUCAUGUUAAGUGUACAGAAUUUGUGUAAAAAAUAAUGUGAGCACACACUAGAUGAAUCGAUGAAUGUUGGAUGGAUUUACAAUAAACAUAUUUGUAUACAAAGUAAA